AUGAGUAGGCUCUCGUUCCGGCCGCGGCCGCUCGACAUCCACAAGAAGCUCCCAAUCCUCAAGUCGGCGCGGGACUUCGAGGACGAUGACCCCACGGUGGCAGCGUUCGCCGCGGCAAGGGUAGGGGUUCUGCUGCGGCACUCCGGCUCGGAGCUCACUGCCGCUGCUGCUGCGACUGACGGCGAGCUUUAUUCCAUGCCGAAGGACCAUGUCGUGUCUGCUUCGGGAAAUUCAACUCCCAGUAAGAAGAAUGCUCAAGAGAUACCAACACCACAGUUUGAUGAUGUGGAGACCUAUGAUAGGGAUUACACUCGCACCUUUGCACAACCAUCAUGUUAUAUACGAGGAAGAGGAGCCAGAGCUGAGAUCGGUGAAUUUGUUGAGUAUGACUUGGAUAACGAAGAUGAAGACUGGCUUGACGACUACAACAAUGAGCGGAAAAAUCUUAACCCUGAAAAGUUGGAGGUCCUCUUAUUCAAGUUGGAAAUUUUGGACCACAAAGCUCGAGAAAGAGCAGGAGCCAUAACACCAACUUUCAUAGGACCUGUUCCAGUUCUCUUGCAGCUCGAUGUUGCUAUGGAGGCUUUGCAGUAUUUAUCUGUUCGGUAUGCUGUUUUCCAAGCUGUAUAUAACUAUUGGAGAGCUAAGAGGGAACGGUGGCAAAAGCCUAUUCUGCGGCGUUUGCAGCCUCCUCCGCCGGUGAAUGAUACAAACCCAUAUAAUGUAUUCAGACCAAGAGAAAAGGCCCAUCGUCUUCAUACAAGAAGGAUGCAAAGACGAGAAAAUAAUAUCCAGUCGUUUGAAAAACUCCGCCUGGUACGGCGCAAUUUGGACCAAGCAAAGGCAUUAAUGGGGGCUCUAAUUAAGAGGGAAGAGACAAAGCGGGAGGUCAUGGAAUGUGAGGUCAACCUUCAGCGCGUUCAGAUGCAAUAUAAGCAUGAGGCCCAGCUUGUUGACGAUGGGACUACACUGUCAGGGUUCCAGCAAGCUUCUAGCAGGUUUGGGUCAAGUGAUGAUGAUUAUGCGGAUUCAGAUGACACCGCAACUGAAGAGCCAUAUUUUCGGCAACCUGUUCUCCAUCAUCGGUAUCCUGAUAACAAGCAGUUGGCAAUCCCUACAUUGCGUAUAAAGCGUGAGCCGGGGCUACCGGUGCUAAAAAGGAGGCCUCAGCAGAAUGGCUGGGUAUUUAAAAGGGAUCCUGAGGAGCCAGUAUUGUUAUUCACAAGGCCGCUAGAUCCUGACAAGUUGGUGGCAGCGGGUAUCAAGUUGCCACCAGACCCCCCUAUUGAGAUUGAUGCCACCGUGCCACCAUUUCGGUGCCGAGGGAGAAUUGGCCGAGGUGGACGCAUCAUCUUUGAUCGAUGGAAUCCUCUUCUCCGAACACCAACAUCAAUUGGCCAGGAAACCGCCCAUUUCACACCAUAUGGCCGUAGGCCGCCCUCACCGGAAGGUUGA